AUGGAUUCUCUACAGAUUAUGUCCUUCGAGGACGCGUCGGCAUUUGCUGAACAGACAGUGCAUAAGCUGGGGCAACUGUCUCCAAGCAAAGGGGGAGUGGGACACAAACAGGAGGCCUACCUAGAAGGCGCACGCGUUGUUUCUUCAGCUAACUCAAAGGUCGUGGCGCCGUCCAGUCUCUCGGGGUCAAAGCACACUCCCCCGUCGACUCGGCUUUCAAACCCCCGGCCGGCGGAGGCGGCAGGAGCCAACAAGGUCCACGCUGAAAGUCUGGCGCAUCAGCGAGGUAAGCCCGAUUGGGCCGCACUCGAGGGUGUGCAGGCCUUGGUCGACACGCUGUACGAAGGGAGUGGAAAGUCGCCUCUGCACUUGCAGAGGUUUCAGGCUCGGGCGUCCAGGCCUUUGGAAGGCGCUGGAAGUGAAACUACCCCUGACUUGAGUACGUCGAACGCGACUAGCCACGAUCGACAGAUCAGCGGCGGAUCCGCCCCCCGAUCCGAUACGCGACACACUCCUCGGCAGAGUUCGGUCGCCAGUCGAGAGUCUCUGAUGGCGUCUGAAGACCUCUGUCUCGCGCCGCCCCCCUCCUGUGCUGCAACGGAGGCGUCCACACGCCCGCGGCCGCGCGCGUGUCCGGGUUCGUCUGUGCGGGCUGCAUGCGCUGAGGAGUCCGGAGGAGAGGACUCCAUCCUGCCGCGGGCCGACUCUGCGAGUGCGCUUCACAGCCUUGUCUCCACUGGCCAGGCGGCUGCAUCUCCCCGGGCAGUGUCGCACUUCACUUUCGCCUUAAGCCCCGGAAAAGGACCACAGCCGUCGCUAGAUCGCCUCCCUUCCUUCCUCGUGUACCCGGAGGCGCACACGACGUCCGACGUUUCCGAAGCCGCCGCGCCUUCUGUCCAGGAAAACGUUGCUCGUGCCUCCCGUGUCGUCUCUCCGCCUCAGACCCUCUCCAGCUGUCGUCUUGUCUACGACGCCGCCUCCGCUCGCCCUCACACGAGUCGCCCCGCGCGUGGCCUCGGCACCUCGCCACAAACGCCGGAGGAGUCGCCGCUGCGACUGCCUGAUUCCGGGAGGAGGCUGCCUGUUUCUUCUCAGGCUUGUGACGGCCCCGUGAAGAUGGGAAAUCCCGACGGCACCUCGGAAACAACUGACCAGGCGAACUGCGUCAACUGCGUCACCGGGAGAGGGCCAGGCGGGGUCACCUCGACGCCGCAAACCGCUCAGGGGCAGUUUGUCUCGCCGGCACCCCCUCCGUCUCCGGAGCAAGUCGAGCGCUUUCCAUUGGAUGCCGAAGUGACCCCAAAAUACCCUCAGCUCGGCCUCGUUUCCGGGCCACACCCGGGGAUGAUUGGAUCGGGGUGGCAGCAACGGCGACGGGUAUCGAGAAAGAAGGAGGGGAGCCAAAAACCCGCGACCCGGGGGAUGUCUCAGGCGAGAGCGACAACUCCGAUACAGAUGGUGGACAAGUCUGGGAACGACGACAGCGAUCAAAAGGGUGCCCGGGACGUGCCUUCCCACGGACCAGCUUCUAGCCAUGACGCAGCGGCGCUCCCCUCCACACUCGGAGUUUCUUGUCCGUUCGAGGUACCCCUGGCAGAGGUCUUCAUGCAGGGUGUGAUCGGGAAGGGGGCGACUUCGUCGGUCUACCGUGCGGAGUGGCGAGGCAGCCCGGUAGCCUGCAAAAUUGUCUCGCUCCCUGUGGGGGGCUCUGCAGCCUCAAGGGCGCCUCAAAUCCGCCAAGUCAUUCAAGACUUCCGCCAGGAGCUGGGGGUCAUGUCUCGGUUGAAGCAUCGAAAUCUCGUGGGACUAAAGGGUGCAGGGACGCGAAAUCCCCCGCUGUUCAUGCUGACGGAGCUCUGUGCUGGGGGAUCUCUGUUUGACCUCCUUCACAAAGGUGUGAAAAAGGUGAAUCCCGCAGAAGAAGCCACGGCGGAAGAGGGGACACCCUCCUCAACAGGAACACAGCCGGCGUCAUCUCUGCAAGACCCCAAGGACGAGCCUUACCGCGCCGCAGUUGCUUCGAUGCUGGAGUGUCUCACAUCACAAGCGUCGCCGGGGGCAAAUGAGCAUGCCGCUCCAUCUGAGGACGCGGGGGGAGGCUUUUGGGCUUUCUUGGGGAGGCUGGCGCCUUUUGCUGCAAAGAAGGAAACCAGCCCAGCGCAACGGCCGUUCCGGGCUCCAGGAGCUUCGACUGCUCCUUCGUCACACGGCACUGAAGACAUUUUGUUUUCUCGCGGCUCAGCGGUGCCUCUGAGCUGGAAGCUGCGCGCUCAAAUUGCGCUAGACCUUGCAGAGGGGUGCCGGUAUCUGCACAGUGUGAAUCUCGUCCACAGAGACAUCAAAAGCCUCAAUGUGCUUCUGACCGAGGCAAAUGUGGACGGGGUCAAUGCGGAUGAGAAACCGCUCGCUAAACUGGCCGAUUUCGGCUGCACUGUGCUGACGCCUGGAGGCCUGGGCGCCGUGGGAGGGACGACGGGAGGACCGAGCGUCCCUGCCGCUGGAUGGGCUGGUACGGUUCUGUGGAUGGCGCCGGAGGUCCUGGCCAAGCAGGGAUGCACCGACAAGUCGGAUGUGUACUCUUUCGCCAUCGUGCUCUACGAGCUCCUGUCAAAUCGCAUUCCUUUCCAGGAGCUCCAAGGCACGCCAGCCUACGAAAGGCUUCCUGAGCUCAUUCCCUGUGGUCUGAGGCCGAACAUCAGUUCGAAUGCAUUACCCCGAGAUUUGCCUCAGGGCCUCAGAAACCUGAUGGAGUCUUGUUGGCGCAAAGACCCCGCGAACCGCCCGCCCUUCACGCAUAUUGUCAAAGCGCUGGAAAUCAUAAUCGAAGAGCUCUAA